CGCAGUUCCGUUGGCUCCCGACGGUGCUCAUCCUCCAUGGCGGCCAAUCACUUCCUCUACUUCAGCCCAGGCGUCACGGGCGCGCGGACGCCGGGGGUUUAUUAGGCGGCUCGGGGGUCACUAGCUUUCCGGCGGCGGGAGAAGGCUGUCGCGGGGGGAGGCCCGGAGGCGGCUGCAUCGCGACGGGGCGGCUUUGUAAAGGGAUCGAGCCAGGUAACUAACCGAGAGCUCCAGGUGCUCUAUGUGGAAAGAGUAGCUUUCAAGUCUCUGCUGGGAUUUGUGUAGGUUGUUCCUUUGCCAUAGGGAAGAUGCCUCAUUGUUAGAUGCCAGACCAGUCAUCUGUGCCAAGCUGCAACCAAAAUGACUAAGUACAAGCUUGUUCUCCUGAGGCAUGGGGAAGGAGCCUGGAACAAGGAGAAUCGCUUCUGCAGCUGGGUGGAUCAGAAACUGAGCAGUGAUGGAAUAAAGGAAGCUCGAAAUUGUGGCCGGCAGCUUAAAGCUCUGGGCUUUGAGUUUGACCUUGUCUUCACCUCUGUACUCAGGCGCUCCAUCCAGACUGCAUGGCUGGUCCUGGAAGAGAUGGGCCAGGAAUGGGUCCCCAUGCAGAGUUCUUGGAGACUGAAUGAACGCCACUAUGGUGCGUUGAUUGGUCUCAACAGAGCCGAAAUGGCUCUGAAUCAUGGAGAAGAGCAAGUGAAAAUAUGGAGGAGAAGCUAUGAUGUUACUCCACCUCCCAUAACUGAAUCGCAUCCCUACUAUGAAGAGAUAUACAAUGACCGUCGAUACAAAUGCAGUGAUGUCUCUCAGGAUAACCUUCCAAAGGCUGAAAGUCUAAAAGAUGUGCUCGAUAGACUCCUUCCCUAUUGGAAUGAAAAGAUAGUGCCAGAACUCAAAAGUGGUAAAAUGAUCCUUAUAUCUGCCCAUGGCAACAGCAGCAGGGCGCUGCUCAAGCAUUUGGAAGGCAUCUCCGACAAGGACAUCAUGAAUGUUACUCUCCCCACUGGUGUGCCCGUACUUCUUGAACUCGAUGAGAAUCUGCAUCCUCUGGGCCCUCACCAGUUUCUGGGUGAUCAGGAAGCUAUCCAAGCUGCCAUCAAAAAAGUGGAAGAUCAAGGGAAAGUAAAAUCUGCUGAGAAGUAAAAUCGCGAAAGUUACUUUUGAAGUGUGUGUGGGGUAGUUAAGUGAUUUAUUUAUGACUGCUAGGUUGCACUGUGUGAAAAUCUCAAUUUCAAGCACUAAGUAAUCAGAAGGGACAGUUGUUGAAUCUGUUUGGCAGGUGAACCCUCUGCCUUUCAAAAACUGGAAUUCAGAUCUCAGCGUGAGAUUAUGGAUACGCAAAAGGAAAUACCAUCAUUCAGGUAAUGGGAACUUGCAGGGCAGUCUCACUCAGGUCUAGGUUUGAUGGUGGUUCAGGAGUGGAAAUAGAGGGGUAUGUUAUUGCCUUCUACUAGACCUGAUCUGUUAGUGGGGAAGAAAGCACUGUACAGCACCAAUCUUACUGGACUACCAAGUCUAGGUUGUUACAGGUACUAACAAUGUUAUUCACUGACAGAAUGACAUGAUUCUUCUUCCAAUUGCCGUGCCAACUUUUUUUCUGUAUAAAUUCUUUCAGUCUUUCCAAACAUGUUCUAUUUUACACUCUUCUUUCUCUUAUUUAAAGGUUCCCCAAGGCCAGUUCAUGGUCCAGGGGUGAAUUUUAUAGAGAUGCUUGGACUGUUAGAGCUACUGCAAUCUUUUAUUAUGCCAUCAUUCAAUUUUUAAGGAAUCUAGAAGAUAUACUUCUUCCUGCACAAUCUUCGCAAAACACUGCACAACUGUGUUUUGUUGGUUUGCAAUAAUGGGAUUUAACUCAAACUUCAACUGCAAAUUAAGCACAAGUUUUCCUGCUUAAUGUUUAAGUUAUAUCUUAGCCCCAGUAAGCAACCUUAACAGUUCUGGAACAUAAAUAACAUGUUACUAGAGACUUGAGAAACUUGUUAGAAUUGUUUCUUCUUUCCUCAGUGAAACUGGAAAUACAAAGCCCUUCUCUAAGCUUUUCUGAGUUGGAAAGAACAGACAAAUCUGUUCUACAGUAAUAUUGCUGUGUUACUGUUGGUAGACCUCUCUGGGCAGAAAUGCUGCAUAGGGCACUUAAGGUGUAUUACUAAAUGCAGCUCAUGUAGUUAUCAAGCUUAGCAGUGAAGGAUGUUCUACAGUGUCUGAAAGUGUUUUCUUAUAAAGCUCUCCUCACAAUCAGCUUGAUUCCUGUCGAGUGUGACUAGUGCUUUGGUAUUAAGCUUGAACUGUGAGUGCACUGUAGUGUGUUCCAGCAUUGAGAUGGUUUCAAAUUUGAGAGUGAAUUUGGGAUUGUUGUUACUUCAAUUUUAAUACGACACAAUUAUUCAACUGGUGGCACUUGUGUAUGCAGUAUUUGAGCUGAAAGUGUUUUCAGCGUGGCCCAGCUACAAAUCUCAAAAGGCUAAUAAGUUUCUUUCGUAUGAUAAUAUACACUUCCUAAAAACCUUAGACUAACUCCCUUUUUGCAUUGAGCAGCUUGGUAGCUAAUUUUGUAAGUGUGAAAAUGGCUUUUCCCCUGAGGAGAGCAGUGUGACAAUUUAUGCUUCUGACACAAACUGGAAGGAGUCUUUCCAGGUCAGAUACCAGCUCACGUUAAUGUGACAGGAGCUCCAUGAGAGAUGUCUUUACUAAAUGGUACUUUCUCUUACAUGAACAAUGCUUGGGAUUUUCUUGGGUUUUGUUUUAGUAGCCCUUGCAACAGGAACAAAGUUACUUGUUUGUUUCUCUUAAGAAUAAAAUUGGUAGGUUUCUUUUUCCUUUGUACAAGCCAGGAUAUUCAUCUUGUUUUCUCUGAAACCCUGUUAGCAGCUUUCCUACUACUAUAUCUGUGAUUCUGCUUGACUUUAUGGGUUUUUAGUUUUCAGUGCAUAGUGACUCAGCGUCUUAGUUAAUACUUGGUGUUAAGGAGUUGCAUUGUUGAUGACAAAAUAUACUUGUCAGUGCAGUGAGGGAGGACUGCUGGCACUGAUUAGAUUUCACUAGACAUCCAGUUAUGUUCAUUGCCAAGAAAAAAAUUACUUUAGAUUCAUUAACAAGACAAGCCUCGCCACAUGUCAUCAGUGGUAGCAGCAUGUGUCAGGAUGUGGGCUUAGAAAACAUGAUUGUGUGCCCAAAUUCUCUUGUUGUUGUGGUAUUGUAAUGCUGGACUUGAGGACUUGAGACACAGGUGGAAUCUAUGUGGAAACAAAUCCAGCUGAACUGGGAGAUGCUCUCUAACAGAAGAAGAGCACUGAUGUCUGAUCUCUUCUGGGCUUGCAGUGGGGAAUGGAAAGGUGAGUAGGUGUAAAGAACAUUCAUGUUUCUUUCUGCACCUGGAGUGAUGCAAAUGACUGAAGACAGCCUUUCAGAGCCUUGGGUGGUCAGGAAAGAGCAAUGCAGUGCUUUCAGGUGGCACUACUUCUGUAGUUCUUCUUGAGACAGGAAUGGUGCUAGUGCCCUGGCAGGUUGGACUUCAUUUGCUUUGACUGUGACUCCAAAGAUGACAGGAUUUGGUAUGCACAUCUGGCAGUAAUACCACCUCACAAAAGUAUUGGAUGGAACCAGCUGGAGAUUUCAUUCAUCUUGAAGGCUUUGAUCUUCAAGAUGAAUUUUAACACCUUGCACUACUUGUUUCUAAAUAGCCUUGUAAUUGUGUGUGUUUUCUGAAUUAAACUUAUGUUGAAAAUAAACCAGCUUUCAGCAGUUGCAUUAGGAAGAAUGCCUGGCCUUUGGGCAUAGCUACAUUAGAAGAAAAGAGAGUCUUGCUGCUGGUGGCUUUAUAAAUUGGUGGGUGGAAAACAUUUCUCUCUAUAUUUGAAUAUGCAUCAGUGCCUCAAAGUCUUAUAAGGGUAACCAGCGUCUCUACAGUUGACAUCAUGGAUGUGGUUGAUUUGGAUUUUCUCACACUUUAUCUUGUGGAUCAGUAGCAAGUAGCUCUAGAAUUCACUUGAAAACCUUUUGUAAAUAUGGUGGAGCUGACAGGUUCUUUAUAACUCAAUAAAUGCACCUGAAAUGGAAUUUAA